AUGGUCGAAGAUCGAUCACCAGAUUUGUGUUUGAGUACAAGGGUUUUCUCUGAAUCAACCAGGUCCCAAUCUUGCAUGUAUCAAGAGGAUAAUGAUGAUAAGGUAACCAAUGGCAAAAGACCUUUAGAGGUUGUUGGUGGUGAGAUCAUUAGACCCACCAAGUCACUUAAACUAAUGGGCUUCUCGAUUGUGUACGAUUGUGAUUCUUCUGACUAUUCAUUGAGUGGUGAAGAUGCUGCAAAUGGAACGAGUCAGGAGCAAGGACAGUCUGAUUCUAACAACAAAAACGGUAGAGAUUCCACAGAUUCUCAUUCUCUUUUCUACGAGAUUAGUCGUGACAACUCUAUAGACUGUCUGCUCUGCUGCUCCAGGUUUGAUUAUGGUUCCAUUCCUUCUGUGAACCCGAAUUUUCGCUCUUUGGUGAAGAGUGGAGAUAUCUAUAAGCUAAGGAGGCAGAACGGGUUUGUGGAGCAUUGGGUUUACUUCUCUUUGCAGCUUUCGGAAUGGGUUGCGUUUGAUCCUGUAGAGAGAAGGUGUAUGCAUCUGCCAACAAUGCCUCCGAGUGUCAACUUCAAGUUUGCAGAUAAGGAGUCUAUAGCCGUUGGGACGGAUCUUCUCGUCUUAGGGAAAGAAAAAUUGUCUCAUAGAGCUGGCUCGGUUAACGGAUGGGGGCUUGCUUUUAGAGCUUGUGGGGAGAGGUUGAUUGCUAUAGGUUGA